CCUCCAGGGCAGACUCUUCAGAGACGGUCCCUAGAGCCAGCGGGCGUAACCAUUCCAAGCCAACAAGCCUCGUGCACAGGAUCCCUCGGGUUUGCUGGUGACACUCGUUCACUGGCGCGCUGGCCCCUGAGGUGCCUUGUUAGGCCACGCGUCACGUCCGGCUCUUUGGAGAGGAUUGGGUCAACGGUUUCGGGAGCGAAGAGCCGGAUAGCACCGGCUCAUUCCUCUUCGUCCACCCCCGUGGCCUGGCCCUAUGGUAGCGUCCGAGGUUGCGGGUUUCGCGCCUGCGCAGUGCGGCGCCUAGGGGGAACGCGAGAGGGAGACGGACGUUGAGAGAACGAGGAGGAAGGAGAGAAAAUGGCGUCCACGGAUUACAGUACCUAUAGCCAAGCUGCAGCCCAGCAGGGCUACAGUGCUUACACCGCCCAGCCAACUCAAGGAUAUGCACAGACCACCCAGGCAUAUGGGCAACAAAGCUAUGGAACCUAUGGACAGCCUACUGAUGUCAGCUAUACCCAGGCUCAGACCACUGCCACCUACGGGCAGACUGCAUAUGCAACUUCUUAUGGACAGCCUCCCACUGGUUAUACCACUCCAACUGCCCCCCAGGCAUACAGCCAGCCUGUCCAAGGAUACGGCACUGGUGCUUAUGACACCACCACUGCUACAGUCACGACAACGCAGGCCUCUUACGCAGCUCAGUCUGCAUAUGGCACCCAGCCUGCCUACCCAGCCUAUGGCCAGCAGCCAGCAGCCACCGCACCUACAAGACCACAGGAUGGUAACAAGCCUGCUGAGACUAGUCAACCUCAAUCUAGCACAGGGGGUUAUAACCAGCCCAGCCUAGGAUAUGGACAGAGUAACUACAGUUAUCCCCAGGUACCUGGGAGCUACCCAAUGCAGCCAGUCACCGCACCUCCAUCUUACCCUCCUACCAGCUACUCCUCUUCACAGCCGACUAGUUACGAUCAGAGCAGUUACUCUCAGCAGAACACCUAUGGGCAGCCGAGCAGCUAUGGACAGCAGAGUAGCUAUGGUCAACAAAGCAGCUAUGGGCAGCAGCCUCCCACUAGUUACCCCCCUCAGACUGGAUCCUACAGCCAGGCUCCAAGUCAAUAUAGCCAACAGAGCAGCAGCUACGGGCAGCAGAGUUCAUUCCGACAGGACCACCCCAGUAGCAUGGGUGUUUAUGGGCAGGAGUCUGGAGGAUUUUCCGGACCAGGAGAGAACCGGAGCUUGAGUGGCCCUGAUAACCGGGGCAGGGGAAGAGGGGGAUUUGAUCGUGGAGGCAUGAGCAGAGGUGGGCGGGGAGGAGGACGCGGUGGAAUGGGCGCUGGAGAGCGAGGUGGCUUCAAUAAGCCUGGUGGACCCAUGGAUGAAGGACCAGAUCUUGAUCUAGGCCUUCCUAUAGAUCCCGAUGAAGACUCUGACAACAGUGCAAUUUAUGUGCAAGGAUUAAAUGACAAUGUGACCCUGGAUGAUCUGGCAGACUUCUUUAAGCAGUGUGGGGUUGUCAAGAUGAACAAGAGAACUGGACAACCCAUGAUCCAUAUCUACCUGGAUAAGGAAACAGGAAAACCUAAAGGUGACGCCACAGUGUCCUAUGAAGAUCCACCAACUGCCAAGGCUGCUGUGGAAUGGUUUGAUGGGAAAGAUUUUCAAGGAAGCAAACUUAAAGUUUCUCUUGCCCGAAAGAAGCCUCCAAUGAACAGCAUGCGGGGUGGCAUGCCACCUCGUGAGGGCAGAGGGAUGCCACCACCACUCCGUGGAGGUCCUGGUGGCCCAGGAGGUCCUGGAGGACCCAUGGGUCGCAUGGGAGGCCGUGGAGGAGACAGAGGAGGCUUCCCUCCAAGAGGGCCCCGAGGCUCCAGAGGGAACCCCUCUGGAGGAGGAAAUGUCCAGCACAGAGCUGGAGAUUGGCAGUGUCCCAAUCCGGGCUGUGGAAACCAGAACUUCGCUUGGAGAACAGAAUGCAACCAGUGUAAGGCCCCUAAGCCUGAGGGCUUCCUCCCGCCACCCUUUCCACCUCCGGGUGGUGAUCGUGGCAGAGGUGGCCCUGGUGGCAUGCGAGGAGGAAGAGGAGGACUCAUGGACCGUGGUGGUCCUGGAGGAAUGUUCAGAGGUGGCAGAGGUGGAGACAGAGGAGGCUUUCGAGGUGGCCGUGGCAUGGACCGAGGUGGCUUUGGUGGAGGAAGACGAGGUGGUCCUGGGGGGCCUCCUGGACCUUUAAUGGAACAGAUGGGAGGAAGAAGAGGCGGACGUGGAGGACCUGGGAAAAUGGAUAAAGGCGAGCACCGUCAGGAACGCAGAGACCGGCCCUACUAGAGACCUGCAGAGCUGCAUUGACGACCAGAUUUAUUUUUUAAACCAGAAAAUGUUUUAAAUUUAUAAUUCCAUAUUUAUAAUGUUGGCGACAACAUUAUGAUUAUUCCUUGUCUGUACUUUAGUAUUUUCACCAUUUGUGAAGAAACAUUAAAACAAGUUAAAUAGUAGUGUGCUGAGUUUUUUUUUUUGUUUUAUUGGUUUUUUUUUUUAAUUUUAGUUUAUUUUCCUUUUUAAGAUGGUUGUUUUAAGACUUAACAAUGGGAACCCCUUGUGAGCAUGCUCAGUAUCAUUGUGGAGAACCAAGAGGGCCUCUAAUUGUAACAAUGUUCAUGGUUGUGAUUUUUUUUCUAAAUAAAAUUCCAAAUGUUUAUAAACUGUCA